AUGGGAGAUUCAAUUUCACCUGAGGUGCUGCAGGCUAUUCUGAACGGCCCAUCUGCCAUACCACCUGAGGGAGUAGUACAGAAUCUUGACAACCCGCCUAAUGGGAACGGCAGGGCCAUUGCACUCGUUGUCGUGUGCCUAUUUCUCGUAAUGACCGCGGCUCUGAUGCGUGCGUAUUCGCGUAUCUUCAUCGUCAAGAAGCUUCACAUCGAGGACUUCCUAGGGCUCUGCGCUUUGGGGUGCUAUAUUGGAACCAUUUGGUGCUACUUUUACUUCCUAACGACAAUCGGCUUCUUCGUACAUCAAUGGGAUCUCCGAGCAUACACACUGCCCGACCAGGCAUAUAUCGUGUUCAUCCUGGACCUCGUCUACCAACUAAGCCUGAUAUUUGCUAAGACAGCCAUCUUACUUGAGUGGGCGCGUGUCUUUGCACCUGAUCACACGCGCGAUACAUUCUUUUGGGCUUGCCGUUUCUUGAUGGUCCUUAAUAUCUUAUUUUACGUCGGCAGUAUCAUCAGCGUUUUCCUUACAUGCACUCCCCUAGAGCGAACUUGGAAGUUCUGGGUUUCGGGUACGUGUAUUGCGCAAAGGCCUCGGGACAUUAUUAUUGCUGCGUUUAAUCUCGCCCUUGAUACCUUCAUUCUCAUUCUGCCGCAAGGAAUCAUCUGGACAUUGCAGAUGAAUAGGAAACGAAAGCUUGGUGUAUCUCUUGUUUUCUCCGUCGGUUUGCUAGCUUGCGUCUGCGCCGCUGGCCGUGUGGAGACGACCGUCGUGGAUGUGUUCUACCCAAGGACCUUACAAGAGACAUUUGAUGCGUCCUAUGUGAUCGGAAAGGUAUUCAUGUGGGUGAUACCAGAGCAGACAUGCGUUCUACUUGUCUUCUGCGUGCCUGCGGUGCCUAAGGCCUUUUCGGAGAACAGUUUGGCAUCCCGGGCACUUGCUUCGUGGCGCUCCUGGUCCCGCGUAUCCUUAGCGCCUAGGGGCCAACAAAAUACCAAAGGUUCGGGGAGCGGCAACAGUAACUGGGCUCUCCGUACUAUUGGUAGCGCACCGAGCAGUCUACGAGCAUAUCGCAAGGUGGACGAAGAAGCCCAGACGAAGGACCUCAACGAACUUGCGGUUAUGCGCGCAAGGUAUACCGAAGCACACAGCGAGCACUUGGGUGAGAGACCCACGGAUGCCAGCAUCUUCAAGACGACCGAAGUUAAUCAGAAGGAAGAUGUAGGAUCAAAAGUUUCCGGAGACUUUUGUAUAGAGCGACAACAUCCUUGGAUGAAAGAGUGA